UAGCGCACUCAACUGAAACUAUUCAAACACCAGCCUCCUCCCCAGGAGCCCCGAGGAAAAUGGACUGCGCUCCACCCUUCAUCACAGUCAUCAUUAUCGGUACUGUGUUUGGGUCGGGAAACCCUAAUGUACGGAUACCGGUAGGAGCAGGUGUCGAGUCACAGAAGGUGUGGGAUUUGGAGUGGAUUCAUUGGCCAUCUCCAGCAGCACAAAAACCACAUGUCUCAAUGCUCCAAGGACAGCCAUGGGCAUUUUUGUGGAACUUCCAAGUCAUCAACUUCUGCAGCAAUGCUCUAAUUCGAUUCUUCUAUGCAUACAACAUGCUUUCAUUCCAAGACACAUUCAUGGGAGGAGUGCCAACGUGCCCGUGGUUUCCUUGGACGUGACAUCAGCAACCUGAACAAGCCGGACGACAUGUUGGCACCAACAAAGCAGUUGAGCUCAUAACCCAACAAAACUGAGACCUUGCGUGUCAACCAUCAACACGCCACACCUCGACCUCCAUCAUGCAGCACAGCAGCAACAAAGAGAGGCACCCUUCGUCGCAGAAAGAAAAGAACAACACCAGAGAUUCCAACGUGGUCCCCCACCGUAGUACUAACCUGGCCCGACGAUGCUUAACUUCGCUGAGCAGACGGGAAGCGGUGCUGUCAUCGUGGUAUGGUCGUUCCUGACUUCGAAUGAAUGCGUGACGCCCUUUUGCCUCAAAUGAAAAAUCAUCUGACGAAACACAAGCAAUGGCAGCCACCAAAACUGGUGACAAUUCUCCAUUGGAGAUGGUGGCCAUGAUGAUGAGAGUCAAGCAGAUUUAUAUCUCCCCAGCUACUGGUACCGGUACUACGGUAUCAGACGAGGGUUCAUCGGCGACAUCAUCCAAACCACCCCACAGCACCACCGGUAGUGCCUGGAUCAUUGACGAUGUAUUAACCGACGAUUUCUUGCAGGCCGUCCAUGAGUUUCGGCUCAGCCUUCCACUGGACGCAAAACGUCCAACCUGCAAGCGACGAUUCUUCUCUUCGGCCAAGCAAUGUCCUGGGAUUCGUGAUGGACUCCUAGAGGCAAUCCAAACUGCGCUCAACCACCACUCGAGACAGUCAUAUCACGUUCACGUGCUGGCAUAUAUGCGAUUCUUGGAGUACGACCAGGUUGGAGGGAGACUGGAUCCUCAUACGGAUGGAAACAAGGUUUGUGAAGAUACUGGUUUGCAGUCGACGCAUACCAUGCUAUUGUAUCUGCGUGAUUGCCAAGCUGGAGGGGAAACGAUCUUGUUCGAACCAAAGACCCAAAAGGUCUUGGAAGCAGUGCAGCCUCGGUUGGGGAGAAUACUCUUGUUUCCUCAUCCUACGCUCCAUGAAGGGGCGCCCACGAUCGACGUGCCCAAGUUGUGUCUUCGUGCAGAGGUCUCCUUGCAUUGGACAACGUUAGCAACAACUAGGUAGCUAGCUAGAACUAUAACGAGGGGGUUGGAACGAUCAACCAAAACUGUUGCCAAAGCCAGCACUUCCCAUCUGCUGAACAGAGGUGCGUGGAGACGAUUAUUACCGUGCAAUACUAGUAGCUCG